GGGGCGCUCUGCACUGACUCAUAAACUCACCGGAAACGUAGAAGAAGAACUGUCAGUCACGUGAUUACUGUUACAGUGCGCAAAUGCGCAUCAAGCAGACCGAACCUGUGGCGAAACGGGACCGAACUCACAACACCAGGCUGGGAACCGGACCGUCGAGUCGGAAAGGGGAAGUGCUCGAGCGGGAGAAGGUCUGCGACACGGCAGCAGCCAUGGUGGGCGAACGCCGCAACGGGAACCUGCUGGUCCAGCUGGGGCCUAAGCUGCAGGCGUACCCCGAGGAGCUGAUCCGCCAGCGCCGCACCCAUGAUGGGCAGACAGAGUAUCUGAUCCGCUGGUGCCUGGUUGUUAUCGACGAUGGGUCCAGCUCUGGGAGUGUACCCAUCGAGGCCAUCAAAGCAGGUAUCGACGUCUCUGGAGUGGAUGGGUCUGGUGGCUCCACAUCUGGAGAAGCUAAACCUGAGAACAUCCUGAUGUGGAUGUCGAUGGAGGAUGUGUAUGCCAACUGUCCCACCCUGCUGGGCAAGAGGAAGACGGACCUACAGCGCCCCCUGCAGGAGCAGCAGCAGGAAGGUGAAACAGCAGACAGAGGCCCCGGCGGCAGCGCUGAGUUCCCAGCAGACAUCACCUUCGAUGAGAUCGAGCUGUCAGACAUGAAGCAGGACGUGAAGAACCUGGUGUGUCGAGCCCGCAAACAGAUGGCCAAGAAGAGGGACUUCUCCAUCAACAUCAUGCACACCAUCCACGUGCUGAGUGCCUACGCCAGCAUCGGCUCAUUGGUCGGCGUCUUCAAGGAGACCGGCGCCCUGAACCUGCUGAUGGAGCUGCUGUGUAACAAGGAGACGCAGACGAGACGCAGCGCUGGCAAGAUGCUGCGAGCGCUGGCUUCACAUGACGCAG